GGGAGGUGGAAUCCAUCACUGCAGUGAAGCUGCUGAGCUGCUUCGAUGACCUUGUGGCAGCCGGCACUGCCUCCGGGAGGGUUGCAGUUUUUCAACUUGUAUCUUCAUUACCAGGGAGAAAUAAGCAGCUUCGAAGAUUUGAUGUUACCGGUAUUCACAAACAUAGCAUUACUGCUCUGGCUUGGAGCCCCAAUGGAAUGAAACUGUUCUCUGGAGAUGACAAAGGGAAAAUUGUCUAUUCUUCUCUGGAUCUAGACCAGGGGGUCUGCAACUCGCACUUGGUGUUAGAAGAGCCAUCUUCCAUUGUGCAACUGGAUUAUAGCCAGAAAGUGCUGCUUGUCUCUACCUUGCAAAGAAGUCUGCUCUUUUACACUGAAGAAAAGUCUGUUAAGCAGAUCGGAACCCAGCCAAGGAAAAGUACUGGGAAAUUUGGUGCUUGUUUUAUACCAGGACUGUGUAAGCAAAGUGAUCUAACCCUGUAUGCCUCCCGGCCUGGGCUCCGGCUGUGGAAGGCCAAUGUUCACGGCACUGUUCAAGCCACAUUUAUCCUAAAGGACGUCUUUGCUGGAGGAGUCACACCUUUCGAGCUCUACCCACGUCUAGAACCUCCCAACGGAGGAAGUUGCAGCUCACCUGAGAGACACCUAGGGCUUGUUUCAUGCUUCUUUCGAGAAGGCUGGGUGUUGAGUUGGAAUGAGUACAGUAUCUAUCUUCUGGACACCAUCAACCAGGCUACAAUUGCUGGUUUGGAAGGAUCAGGUGAUAUUGUGUCUGUUUCCUGCACAGAAAAUGAAAUAUUUUUCUUAAAAGGAGAUAGGAACAUUAUAAGAAUUUCAAGCAGGCCUGAAGGACAAGCACCAAUAGUGAGAGAUGGUCUGGAGACAUCAGGAUGUUCAGAGCAAGUCCAUGUGCAGUGUCUGGAGAAGCCACUGGGGACUGCAGUUUCUGAGACAAGAUUCGAGGAUCCUCUGUGGCAAGCUCAGUGGCCAGCAGCCUCUGAGCUGGGCAAGGGCAGCCAGCCCUCCUCACAGAGAUUCAGUGUUAUCAGCUCAGAAGACUUUGACCAGGAGCUUGUUGUGAAACCUAUCAAAGUGAAGAAGAAGAAGAGAGAGGAGGAGGACAG